UCCAGUGUAAAUCAGCCUGACAUUGUAAAUCACUGGAAAUAACAUGGCUUGUGUGCUAGCUACUAGCUGUCAUGCGAGGGUGGUUUCUUGCCUCGAUAUCGUGUUGGUGCUUCUAAUUUCUUAGCUGUACUGUAUCUUUGAUUCUCUUACAAGUAGUUUUUUCAGAUGUUCUUGGAUGUUUUAGAAUAAUUAGAAAGUUUUUAAAAAUCUGUUGAUGGUGUUGAUUUACGCAGUUCGUGCGGACCGCCUAGGUUUCUUAAAUGAGUCGCUAUCGCACGGAGUGCGUUGACGUGUUGGGCGAGGACGGACUGUUCCACAUUGGCCGUGUGGUAGACGUGGCUGACUCUGGGCUCUUUAUUGGCUUCUGGGCUCUUUAUUGGCUUCUUUUGCCGAGACCGACAUCGUAUACUCAUCCCGUUCCAGCGCGUUUUCCUAAUCACCCAAGUUGUGAUGACCAACUCCGACCUCAUCGAGGCGCACGCUUACGCCAAGCCUCACAGGAACAUCCCCGUGGACGCUAGGAUGCGCGAGGCAUCUGGCGGUGCGUGGACGUGGUUCCCCGCGGAAAUUGUCAAUAUAACGCGGGGCAUACCCAUGACGCCGUGCAAAGCGACCUGGUUGGCCGUUAUACGGUGGGGGAGUGAUCUACAGUAUACGGAGCUCGUUUCCCUCGCACAACUGCGUUGGAGAGUGGUCCGUGAGUGGUGGACAAGUACUGGAUUGCAACCUCCCGCCCAGUCCCCAUCGGACGCCUGGUAUGACCAGAGCUCUUCGCUUACAGACCCGAACGCCUAUCCUGAGGCUGUUGAAUCUGGAACCUUCCAGAAGCACAGUCUGCCGAUCCCUGAGGACUGUCGUCAUGUGGACGUCGACAAACUGCUGCAGCGCUUGAAUACCUUUGAUUUACAACCCGAUGAGUUCAUUUACGGCCUGGUUUGGUUUGCUGGCGUAAUGGACGCACGUGUGUGGUAUAUUUUGAGGAAUAAUAAGUUCUCUCAGGAAAUCGAGGAAAGGCAUCGCAUCAUAACCCGGUGGAUUCAAAUCCGAACAUGGAUGCUGACCGAAGAAAUUACGACGUCGCCAGCCGGGCGCGAAGAAAUCGGGGAUGCCGAUGCGCAUGUGCUAUCGUCUGCCGUGUGGUUGGAAGUGUUUUCCCAGCUGAACACUGUGAUGCAGACCAGAUUACGCAACGUUUGCUAUACGUGGAACUGCCUUGUGGAUUUGCCGGUUUUGACGGCCGGCAUCGUUCUUAUAUACCCUUCCAAUGGCUACUACGCGAAUCAUAUAAUGCAACUUGUCACGUCUUGGCACAGAUGUUUAUUGUGCCACUCUGGCCGGAUAGAUACUGAAUCAUGAAAUACUCGUAGUACCACAUAAAAUGCGUCCUCUACAGGUCAACACAGCCAUGCGGGUUGCUACGCGCUAAUAUGGCGCGUAGCCACUACACUACACCUUCACCCUUAAAAUGAAGUGAAAAAGCAGAACAUUAUGGCAAAAUGUCGAAAUAGUCUUCUUCGACAUUGUAGACGGUAUCGACCUUUUCCUUCUUCUUGUUGUCCUUCUGCUGGCAUGCCCUCUCUAUGUGGCCUUUCAUGCCGCAAGCAUUGCACCUGGUGUUUUUAUACCAGCAUUCCUCGGGCGUAUGCCGCCAGGAUCCGCAUCUUUUACACUUCCGCCGGGACGGCAUCUCUUCGUCACUUCCACUUUCUUCUUCAUUCUCUUCUUGUCUCUUCUCUCUCCUGCUCUUAUCCUCUUUCUUCACUCUUGUUUCUCGCUUCUUAAUACUGUUCACCACAUUCUCUUCCACGUUAGUUUUUCUCGCCUCUUUCACGCUUGUUUCAUAUUUGAUAGCAAUUUGGAGGGCGGCGUCGAACGUCUUCAGCUCUUGCAGCAUUAGGUAGCGUCUUGUUGCGUCGCUUUUGACGCCUGCCACGAGCACAGCACUUAAAUUCUUCUCCAGCACUGUUGCCGGAAAGUCGCAUAGGAUCGUUUUGUCACGUAAACGCGUCGCGAAGUCCACCAGGCUUUCUUUUUCGUCCUGCCGAAGACUGAAGAACA